AUGGCCACCGACCCGGGAGAGCCCUCGGGCACAGAUGAGUCUACGGAGAAACCCGAUGGACAGAGGGAGGAGGGUACCGAGCGGGACAGAACCAUCUCACAGCGGGAUAGGACUCACAGCACCCCCUCAGACUUUCCCUCCUCCCAGACUGAAGAGCGCAAGUUGGCUGGGGGUGAGGGUGGACAGGAGGUCCAGGGUAAAUCAGGCCGUUGCAUCUCUUUCUCUGCUUCUCUGUCAGUGGACUCCGGGCAGAAACGUCUGAGAAGAGAAAAGCGCUUCUUUAGAAAGAGUGUAGAGAUCUGUGAAGAGAAAGAUGAGGUGGACAUCCUCCCUGAAGCUUCUCACAGCGCCCCACAGCUGGACCUGCAGAGUUCUGACUCAGUCUUCACCAGCAGUGCCCCACAACAAGAAGCUGCCUCGGUCUACACCGCUCUGGGCCAGGACUCCUCCAGUCCUGGCACAAGCCUGGAUCCAGGGAAAGACCUGUCACUGUCAACCCAGAAGAUGGAGCGGGACAGAGAGCAGGAGGAGGAGGCGGAGAUGAAGGCUGUAGCCACCUCUCCUGGAGGACGUUUCCUUAAGUUUGACAUUGAACUGGGUCGAGGAGCUUUCAAGACAGUUUACAAAGGGCUGGAUACGGAGACGUGGGUGGAGGUGGCCUGGUGUGAACUACAGGACCGUAAACUAACCAAGGCUGAGCAACAGAGAUUUAAAGAGGAAGCAGAAAUGCUCAAAGGGCUUCAACAUCCUAAUAUAGUGCGCUUCUAUGAUUCCUGGGAAUCAGUUCUUCGUGGGAAAAAGUGCAUCGUUCUGGUGACCGAACUUAUGACUUCAGGAACACUCAAAACGUACCUGAAACGAUUCAAAGUAAUGAAGCCUAAAGUCCUCCGCAGUUGGUGUCGGCAGAUCCUUAAGGGGCUGCACUUUCUCCACACCAGGACUCCUCCCAUCGUCCACAGGGAUCUUAAAUGUGACAACAUAUUUAUUACAGGGCCUACAGGCUCAGUGAAGAUAGGAGACCUGGGACUCGCCACUCUUAUGAGGACUUCAUUUGCCAAAAGUGUUAUAGGAACUCCAGAGUUUAUGGCCCCUGAGAUGUAUGAGGAACACUAUGAUGAGUCUGUGGAUGUGUAUGCCUUAGGGAUGUGCAUGCUGGAGAUGGCUACCUCAGAAUACCCUUACUCUGAGUGCCAAAACGCUGCACAGAUCUACCGUAAAGUCACAAGUGGGAUUAAACCAGCAAGCUUUGAUAAAGUAAAUGACCCUGAAAUUAAGGAGAUAAUUGAAGGUUGCAUCCGACAGAACAAGAGCCAGAGAUUAUCAAUUAAAGACUUACUGAAUCACGCAUUCUUUGGAGAGGACACAGGGGUACGGGUAGAGCUUGCAGAAGAAGAUACAGGGCUUCAGGACUAUCUUGCCUUGCGGAUCUGGGUUGAUGAGCCCAAAAAACUCAAGGGGAAACAUAAAGACAACGAGGCUAUUGAAUUCAGCUAUGACCUGGAAAAUGACAGCGCUGAAGAAGUCGCUCUUGAAAUGGUAAAGUCAGGCUUCUUCCAUGAAAGCGAUGCCAAGGUGGUGGGAAAAUCCAUCCGGGAUCGUGUUAAUCAGAUAAAGAAGUCACGUGAGCGCAGACAGCAGCAAAUCCUCCAACAGCAGCAAGGAUUUGAGGAGAAAAGAGACCCAUGCCUUAUCUCCUACACAUUCUCUCACCCCUCGGGCUACUCCUCCUUGGGUCAAGCCGGACAGUCAGAGGACAUCCAUGAUGUGGACAAAUUUGUUCAACAAUAUAAUAUCAGUGGGACCACUCUCAUCUUGCCAGGGGAGAGUUUAGGCUCAGCUAGCUGUGAGUCUUACGCGAGUGGACAGAGCCAGGUGUACUAUCAGCACGGGGACUCAUCUUCCCAUCUUGCAAGUAAUACUCCUGGAGUAGUCCAUCCUCAGUUACCAUCAUUGGGAGAAAGUGGCAGUUUCCAAGUUGCCCCUGGUCAGGCAGAAGGAGCAUUUCCUCAACAAUACUUUCAGGCUCAUACAUACCCAGCUGAUGCAUUUUCUAUUGCCACUCUCCAUGGGUCACUACCUCCUUCACAAGCAUUCAUGCCCCCUGUUUCACCACAGGUGCCCUCUAAUGUUCACACUGCAUCAAUGUCAGUUAGUGAUCAAGCUGGACUAGGGGGAACCAUUGUGCCCCUUGCUCAGCAAAGCCAACCCCCUGCCACUCCCAUGCAGCCCACUGACAUCAUUCCCCAGACAGCACCCCAGCACACACAGCCUGAGCUGAUCCCUCAGCAAUCUAUUGUCCAGCAACAACAGAUGGGGAUGGAUCCACAGGCCUCCACCCUGCAGCUUCCACCAUCACAGCAGCAACAGCAGCAAAUGGAGGCCCAGGCCACUCUGCUUCAACAACAAGUGAGUACCACUCAGGUGCUCCCGGAUCACGUUCAGCAAAGCCUCUCGUCGGCUGUCCACUUACAUCAACAUGAGCCUUCCCAGCAGCCUGGAGUGCAGCACACGCUCCUGGUUCAGCCUGAGAAACCUGUUGUACCUCUGCACACAGGUAGGGAGCCAGCUCUGCCAAUACGGAACCCAAAAGAGCAGCAGGCUUUUACACAGCAACAGUCAGGGGAACUUAGCAAGCAGCAGCAGCUUCAGUCCCAACCCUUCCACCUCAGACAGCUCCUUCACCGCAGACCUUGGCUCAGUUACCAAUGCAGACAACCAUGGGUCCAGGCCAGCCGCAAACACCCCAAACGCAAGUGUUGCAUGAGGAUCCAGCUCAACCUGCCCCACCUCCAGUUACUGCUGGAGCUACACAGAUACUACAGGACAACCUGCCCCUGUACAGCCAUAUUGUUGCUGGUGCGCCCCCUUCCCCUCAGCACCAGUCCCUUUCCAACCUCCCCUCCCCCUGUUGCCGUUGCUAAUUUAGAGCUGCUUGACUCUAAUGCCCCCAUCCUACCCAAAGCCUCACUGCAAGACUGUGACCUUUCCCUGCUUGGCAUUACUCAGGAUGGAUCCACUCUAUCUAUUAAAGAUGGUCUUUCUACAUUUGGGUCUGUUCAAGGAAGUGGAGAAGCAAGCUUUCAGCUUAUGGCCAAUGAACAAUUAGAAAUGCUAAAAUGUUUAAGAAGGUCAUCUUGUCAAAAGCCUGACAAAGUGUUGCAUCAGUUCCAGCUGACCAUGCUGCAGGUGUCCAGCAGUGGGGACAAUAUGGUUGAAUGUCAACUGGAGACCCACAGCAACAAGAUGGUGACAUUUAAAUUUGACAUAGAAGGAGAUUCUCCUGAUGAUAUUGCUGAUUAUAUGGUGGAGGAAGACUUUGUUCUGGAGAUGGAAAAAGAGACAUUUGUGGAGAAACUAAGAGCUAUUGUUAAACAUGCUCAAGAAAUUCUUCACACCAAUUUACAGACUGGAUCCACAGACCAGUUACAUGUGGGCACUCCAACUUCUGCUUCUGGAGAGUCAGUUCCUCAUUCAUCUCCUGUAGGGCGAUGGCGGUUCUUCAUCAACCAAACAAUCCGGCACAGAGACUCUUUAUCCAGCCAAGGGGCUGUAACCACAACUGCAGAUGAAAUGCUUGGCCAACUCUCAGAAAAUGAUCAUGAGGCUUGCAGUCACACGCACGCUGCUCCUGUUCCAGCUUCCUACAGGGACCGCAGACCCAUCACCUGCCCCUCCAAAAUCAGGAGUAUAACAGCGCUGCAGCAGUGGCUGGUGGAGCUCCCACAUCUGUAUCUGCUGGUUCCACAGCAGGUGCAGACGAAUUCUCACAGCCAGUAG